CUGGGGCGAAGCAAAGAGCGUUUGUCCCGUUACAUCAGUGCGCCAAGGGGCUUAAACCCAGAGAAACUAGAAUGCUUGAAAGACAAGGGGGAAAAGUUCUGUUUCCUCACGCCAAACUGUGAGGAAAAUGGCGAGUCUAUGGAGACUAAAGCGACUGAAUAAGGAGAAUGGUUAUGUGAAUGGAAUGUAUCUUUGUAGUGAGGUAAGGAAGCAGUGCAUUCAGUGGAGUACGGCACAACGCGAGCCUUCAUUGCAUGGAAAAGGAAGCGUCAACUUUAUAGACGUUUCAGUGUGACGCGAUUUCACUUCAGUAAUGUGGAUUGUAAGCGCCCUUGGGCAGCUACCGAAAUAGCUUUCUUCAUCGACAAGACAGAAGUGACCAGAGAGCUGCAAUAUCUACAUUUGGAUGAGUUUUAACCGAUAAAUAUUGUGAUCGAUACAUUUGAAAUAUGUUUACCUCACGUAUAACGGGACAACAAUCACCUUCGGGUCGCGCUACAUGUACGCGAACGCACUUUGCAGAUGUUAGAUAAUCACAGUCGUCAGUCUUUUGACUCCAGCAUGCACAUAUCUGUUUGAGGGGGUUGUUGUGUGUAAGUGAUCAGCUGUACUGACUGUGCCAUGGCCCUCAGGUCCAGAAGACCGUUGGUGAGCGUCAUUGUGGGGGUUUUUCUUGGCUUCACAGCCGCAUCGUGGCUUUUUGUGCCUAGAGUUGUGGAGAUCAGUGUGAAGAACAGAAGGUCUUCAGUGUGUACAUACUACAGUAACGGCAGGGCUCAGGCUAAAGUUUCAGACACCGCCCACAGUACUUCAUCUUCCACUGGCAGACACAGGCAUCUGCGACCACUCUUCUCCAGCCAGGAAGGCAGUGAUGAAGGUGAAGAGGAGCCGUAUAGGACAGGGAACAGUAGUGAUGGAGCGGGUCCUGUACCUACAGCUAGCUUCUUGUAUGUGGGGGUAAUGACAGCUCAGAAGUAUCUGGCCUCCAGGGCUGUGGCUGCCUACAGGACGUGGACUCCCAACAUCCCUGGGCGGGUGGAGUUCUUCUCCAGUGAGGGCUCUGAGAAGGUGCCCCUGCCAAUUCCAAUGCCUGUCAUCCCGCUGACAGGAGUGGAUGAUUCAUACCCUCCGCAGAAGAAAUCUUUCAUGAUGCUGAAGUACAUGCACGACCAUUAUUUGGAUAAAUAUGAGUGGUUUAUGAGGGCUGAUGACGACGUCUACAUUAGAGGUGAGAAGUUGGAAUUGUUUCUUCGCUCUCUUAACAGCAGUAAACCACUCUAUCUGGGUCAGACAGGUCUUGGUACGACAGAGGAGCUGGGUAAACUGGCCCUGGAGCCUGGAGAGAAUUUCUGCAUGGGUGGUCCAGGGAUGAUCUUCAGCCGGGAAGUUCUUCGUAGGAUGGUGCCACACAUUGGGUCCUGUCUUAGAGAGAUGUACACUACACAUGAAGACGUGGAGAUAGGACGCUGCGUCAGGCGUUUUGGAGGGACCCAGUGUGUCUGGUCAUAUGAGGUAAUGGCAGUUAACAUUCUUUCUUUGGUAUUUGGGUUGAAUGGGUUGAAUUGUGAUUUUAAGUGCUUAUACUUAGUGUCUGUAAUGUUCAAGAUUCUCUUUACCUCUUAUUAUAUUUGCUGUUUUCAGAUUAAAAAAAAAACUUUAUCACAUUAUAUUUUUUACAUUAUGGGCAUAAAUACGUGCUGGUCAGGUUUAUAUUUGUUUUACAUGCACCAUUGUGAUGUAGUAUUUUCUUAAUCAGUUGUCAGAUUCUAGUCUUCCAUUUGUCACUUCAUCCAACACACUGCAUGCACAAAUAUGGUGUUGUACUGUGCUGAUGGAAUAGUUGUACCUUUCUUUAAUAUUAGUGGUUUGCCAUAGACUAUUAAACAUGCUAUAUGUAAUUUCUUUUGACUGUACUAAAGCGUAAAAUUAACAUAAGUUUGCAGAUAUUUGGGAAACAUGCUAGGUUCACAUACUUGUUUCUGAUCAAAACAAGGCUACAGCUGCCAUUCUACUUUGAUGUGCGUUUCGUUUUGGAAUUUUUGUUUUUGUUUUGCAUGUGUGAUGCCCACUGCCAAUUUACCCAAUAGUAUUUUGACACCCCGGGUUGCCAACUGGUGGAAAACACGUAACAGUGACGUGUAGCAUCAAAGUACCACAAGAGCAUUUUGAGUAUAGUCAGCUGACUCAGAGCAACUGAAUGAGUGCUGGUGAUGACAUAGCUGUUUCACGAAUCACGACUGGCCAAAUUCACCACUAGACAAUGUGGAUGUGUGUUUCAGGUUUAUUUUGACACCUUUAGUUCUAAUAAUGCUCGCAAAUCUGUGUUAUUAUAACAGUAGUCGCAAUAUUAUAUUGAGUCGCAUUGAUCAAAAGACUGAUGAAAGUAUAUAUAGACCCACUUUAUGGUAUUUGAAUAGUAUAUGUUUAUGCUGAACUUUAUUCCUGAACAGAUGCUGGUGUAUUAAGCAGUAUAUGACAAGUGUUUCUGUUGCUUAAUGAAAACGUUUCUGUAACGUUUGUGUAUUUGACAAAUAUUGCAUUUCAUUCACUUUAUCUGUGAUAGUAUAUGCAAACAAUGUGCGAGUGUCUCUCCCGAGAACUUCUGCCUUGAGUGUCUGACUUGAAGUCUCCGCUUUCAAUUCAGGCAACUCUCACUGAUUGGUCUGUGCAAUAGACCUACAUGCCAUAUUUGUAACAUAUUUGUA